AUGGCGAAGUACUGUUUCUCUUCAAAAGAUGCCCGGAAAGAAAUAUACCCAGCCCGCAACACCUCCAGAACUUCCAACCGCGCCAGCCGAUCCUCGCAAAGAGUUGUAUUAUCCAGCGGAAAACAGCGGGAAACAAAGUAUAUUAUUGUAUUCAAGGAGAACCUGAAUGGCGUCAAGCACCCAAUUAUUGCAUAUGGUUAA